AUGAGUAAUACUAAUCACCCAAGUAAUAAUGGGGGAGAGUAUAGUAGUAGUAAUAGUAGUAGUAUGACUCAACAUAAAAGGCAAAAUUCAUAUGGAUAUAGAUCACCUGUCAAUUCAACACUAGACAACAACAAUAACAACAAGAACAAAGAAUCAUCUAUAAAGAGAUCACCAUCAGAGAUACUAUUUCAACAACAUAAUGAUGAACCUUUUGUAUUUGCACAAUCAUUGACAUCAGUAUGCUUGGAUCCCAUGGCACCACUACAAAACGAAUGGGCUCCUAGUGAUCUAGUCAUCCCUCCUCUAUCUACUUCAAUGCCAAAUAUAAGUGCUCAAUCAUUUCAAUCUUAUCUAACUAAAAUUGCUGCUGUAUAUAAAAUAUUUCAUGAAAAUCAAAGUAAAGAUUUAUUACCAUCAAACAAGAAAACACCAGAGGAGAUUAUAAGUUUGGAGAAUAUACCAGAAUUCUUUUUCAAACCAAACUUGUCGAAAAGUCAGAUACUAGAGUAUGCCGACAGUGAUCCAUCACCAAUCCUCUUUCAAAAACUAGAACAUUAUUCUUCCAUCAUCGAAGAGAAUAUAGUUGGUCAUGUUCGAGACAAGUUUCUAGACUUUUUCAAUGCAAUGCAUGAAUUGAAACAAUUUAGAAGUGAAUUAAAGACUCUUUAUGUUGAAUUAAAAAGUGCAAGAGAUAUAUUAAACAAAGUAGAUAAUGAAGUUGUAAAAAGUAGUUUAAAUAUUUCAAGACUUUAUUUACAAAAGAAUAGAACAUUGGAUACACUAAACAAGUUGACAUUGGUAUCUGAUGUAAAACAAGCUCAACCAACUCUACAAUUAUUACUUUCAAAGGGUGAUUAUGGAGGUGCAUUGGACCUCAUUCAAUCGACACAAGAGGUUCUGUCUGGAAAUUUGACCCCUAUAUCAUCAUUGAGAAAUCUUUCACCUCAACUCGCUGAAAUGGUUAAAUUGAUUGAUAAGAUGAUGGAAAAUGAUUUUAAUAGAUUGGUAUUAAAUGAUGACAUUAUUUUCAAUGUCGGACAGCAACAACAACAAGAUAAUACCUCCCAAUCACAAGAUAAUGUAGAAGAACAAUUUAGAAAUAAUGUACAUCAAUCAUUACUACCAAUUGUAAUGAAUGUCCUUAGAAAUGGUAGAGUUCAUGAAUGUUUGGAAUCAUUCCGUGUGGCUGCUAUCGAUUCAGUAUCACAACUUUAUCAAGUUGCAGUAGAGGAUGGUCUACACAAACUAGAGAAUCAAAAGAAUCCUUCAUCAUCUGACAAUGCGCGCGCUCAUCACGCCUAUAAUUGGGGAGAAUGUAAUAUUAAACUUUUAAAAUUGUCACCUGUCGAAUACACCCAUCUCUUUACCCAUGUACACAAAAUAUUUAAAAGGAAAUUGACAUUGAUUAGAAUCAUCUUGGAUCUAAUUAUUCAAGAAGGUAUUAAAAUUCAAGAAAUUAAUAGUAGUCCUCCUCCUCAAACUCAACAACAUGUCGCCUCUCCCAAACAAACCUCACCUUCUACUUCCUCAACUUCACCUUCAUCUCAAAGAAAUCAAUUAGAUAAUAUUAAAUUGAUUUGUAUAGAGAUUUUAAAUAAUAUUAAUGAAGCUACACAGGAUAGAUUUGGUGCUCUUAUUAAAACAAGAUUGGAAAUCAAUUCAAAACUGCCACUUACCGAGUUUGUCCAACUCAACCAAGAGAUUACAGGGUUUAUUCAAUUCUUGGAGGGUCUAUUACAAAACAAAAAGAAAGCGACUAGUUUGCGAUCAAUGCAAUUGACUCAACUCAAAUUGUUCUUGGACGCAUUCCACAAACAUAAAAUUUCACACAUCACCCUCAUUCUUGAAAAUGAAGAGUGGAUUCCAGUCAUCGUUGCCUCGGAAUUUCAAAAUAUCAUAGACAACAUUGUAAAUUUAUCUUUAGAACCUUCUGAUUCUCCCCCUUCUUCAACUCCUCCACUUUCCUCCACUACUGAUAAUAAUAAUCAAAAUAAUAAUAAUAAUAGUAAUAAUAAUGAUAAUCAACAAGAAACAACUAUUAGAGAAGAUAUUAGUUUAAGUGGAGAAAAAUUCAAGAUUGGUAAUACUACAUUGAUGCUUUUAAAAUUUAUUGAUGAUUAUUUAAAUUGUAUUGAAAAAAUACCAAUGUUGGCUGUAGACUCUAUACCUAAAAUUGCAGAAUUGUUAAAUACAUUUAAUGGAAUAACUUAUCAGUUGGUACUUGGAGCUGGAGCAAGACAGAUUAUGAGAACCAAGACCAUUACAUCAAAACAUCUUGGUCUAACUUCACAAUGUCUUAGUUUUCUAGUUAAACUUAUUCCAUACCUAAAGACCUAUCUUCAAAGAUUCCUUCCCUCUAAAAAUCAAUAUGCCCUACUCAAUAAUUUCGAUAAACUUACUCAAGACUAUACAUCACAUCGUAGUGAAAUAUUUAGUAAAUUUAUUGAUAUUGUAAAAGAAAGAUCAAUUAAUCAUUUAAAAGCCUUAAGUGCAUUAGAUUUAAAAGAUGAUAAUAUGCCAAUUCCAUCACCACCAUUUUCAUCACUGAUCAAAGAUAUUUCAACGCUUCACAAGGUAUUGAUGACAUUAUUGCCACCUGAUCAUAUAUUCAAGGUGUUUACCAAUAUCUAUUACAUGAUAAACAAUCUAUUGAUUGAAUGUUUUCCAAAGUUGGAGAAUAUUUCAUCAAAGGCUGCCAAGAGAAGAAUCCAUAAUGAUGUUCUUCACCUGAUGGCAUCACUUAGAAAACUACAAUAUGCUGGUGACCCAGGAAAUGUAAUUGAAGAUUAUAUUCAAACUCAUAUGCCAAUUUAA